GAAAUACAGCCUUGAUACACAGCGCGUAUAUUGGGAACGAUGUAGCUCUGGAACUGUUGGUCAAGAACUUUCGUCGACUUGGACUCAACAUCGAUCAUUACAACAAGGCAGGAUACACUGCUCUACACGUAGCCACAACUAAAGGAUUUAUCCAAUGUGCCAAGAUAUUGACCAUCAAGGGGAAAGCGUCAUUAACACUGAAAGAUAAAGUUCAUCGCCUAACACCACUGGAAUGGUGUCUGAGACUGGGCUUUCAGAAACCUGAGGUGGAUUUUUUAAAGCCAGCAGCAAAGUUUUAUAAGGUUGCAAAACUGACUACAACAAUGGUUAAAUGCAGGAAAAAAUCGGAGCAAGAACUGCCAGUUGCUCAAAAGUCCCCUCGCAGAUCACCAACACGAACAAUAGAAAAGCCAAAAUUCAAAGUCAGAAGUCUUCUGAACAAAACUAAAACCUCAGGCACAGAAGAAAUGGGUUCCAGUGCUGUGGGUGCAGUGCAUAAGCAAGUAUCACAGCCUACAAAGAGCAAAACUAACGAAAAGAACGCCAUGUCAAAGUUCAUAGCGAAGUCCAAAUCAAACUUCUUAUCAAAGGGCAAAUAUAAACAUAUUCUGGGUAAAGGAAGACAAAGAAGCUUGAGUCAGUCCGACCAGUCCGAGGAGGUUCAGGCUGCUGCUAAUGCAAGCGCAGGACUGACACAUAGCCGAUCACACCCAGUGACAUCGGUGUGUUUACUGGCUAUUACCGGUGAAUGCAACUCUGAAGGUGAAACAAGCCAAGAAAACAUUCAGGAGUUUAUGACGCUGCCUGACGAAUUCGGAGAAUGUGAUACAGAUGAUCUGGACAGUUGUAGGCUGGACUUAGAUUCCGAUUACAUUUCCGCUAUUGUCACCCAACGAAAGGUUAUCACAUACGGACAGGACAGAGUCUACUGUGAUGAGAUAGACUCCUGCAUCUCGACCACAAACACCGUUUCUUCUCUCAGUUACGAAGAAGGUAGAGCAUACAGCGGUACGUCGUCGUCAAACAGCAACGAUUCACCAGCAGGUUACUGCAGAAACGGGACUGGGCGACCAGGAAACAUCAGAGGUCUCUAUGCGUCUGGAGACUCUUCAUACAGUGAGCAGUCUAUCCGCUCUUGCACCGAAAGUACUCCUUCGUCUUCUAACAGCUUCCACGGUAGAGAUGACGAAGAUGUGUCUGAUACAGGCGAAGACGAUUCGAGUUAUAUCAGCUCUGAUGAAACUCAUACAACAGUUAUUGACAAGAAUCCACAUUGCAGUCAAAGCAAACUGUCUACAUCGAAGCUAGCAAAACAUUCAUAUAAAUCCAAACAAACAAUUUUAAAAUAUAAAACAGGCAUUUCAGAUGCCACCAAACGGCAAAUGUCAGAAACAGAAUUCGAUACAGCUUCCCAGCAGACAGAUAUAGAGUAUUUGGAUAACGAUACGUGUAACACACCACCUUCACAAGAAUUGCCAUCAAAGGUGACAGUUCCUAAUGCGGACAGUCACAUAUAUUACGUCGCAAACUCAAAGGAAUAUCACAACAGUAGCAAUCGACAAAGCUCUCUCACCAAGGAAAUAUUGGAGUCGCAAAACACAGAAAAAAGCCUGGUGUCUCCAGAGACGGAAAUUGAGUUUAUUGACCAUGACGAGGAGUCACUGUCUCUAGACAUGUCUACAGAGAUUCAUGAUUCAGCGUCACAACCUAAUUUACGUAAAAAAGGAAACGCUCGGUCAGCUACAGAGAUAAUAAUGACACGAAGAAAGAGAAUGCAAAGCUGGAAGACAGAGCAGAAAAUGUCCAUAAAAGCACUCUCUCUGGGAGAGAACAUGUAA